AUCAAUAAUUGUGGUGCACCAUAACAUCUCAGAGAAGAAGAUCAUCUGCGACUCCUCCAGAAAAUGAACUGUUAGAUGGAUUAUAUUAAUAUUUCUCUGCUGUGAUUUCUAAUUAUUGAAAUGGAGGAGACAAAGGAAGGUUUAACAUGUAAAGGGGUCGCUGAAAGGCUGACACUCGGCAUCACCAGAGUACUUGAGAGUAUGCCCGGGGUGAUGGACGUGCGUUUUGUGGAGAGGGAGCCUGCAGAGAAGCGAUGCCUGCUGUCAUGGGAACAGAAAAAUACCUGUGUUCUGCCCGAGGACCUCCGAGACUUUUAUCUCACAACGGAUGGUUUCACCCUUACCUGGAGUGCCAAACUCGAGAAUGAAUCUGUGCCUUUAGGAUGCAUGGUGCUCAACGGUGUGGCCAACCUGCGUCCUCUUUGCCAGUCAUCGUCAGUGUUCUCCCUUCCCAACGCACCCUCACUGGCUGACCUGGACUGGGACGAAGAACAAGUUGAAGAGUCAGAGUGUGGGCUGGUGGAGCCCCAUUUUGAUUCCAGGAGCCGUAUCUUUGAGCUGGACCCCUGCAGUGGGAAUGGCAAAGUCUGCCUGGUCUACAAAGACUGCACAGAAGGUGUGGUGGCCCAGAAGUGUGAGGUGUGGUUCCUGGAUCGCUCUCUGUACUGGCACUACCUAACACCCAGCUUCACCGCCUACUACCGCCUGAUGAUCACCAACUUAGGCCUGCCAGAGUGGCAGAACGCCUUCACCCCCUACGGCCCCAGUCCCCAGGCCAAGCAGUGGGCGUCUCUCUACCAGCCCCUGAGUUUCCACUGUGAGCCCAGUAUGGCCGACCUCACCGGAGAUCCGCCUGUCAACAAGCUGGACCCCAGCAAAGCCUUCCGGGGCAAAGCAAAGCUGCCCGCCCCGAAGAAGAAACAGUCGGCCCAGGGAGGGAUGGGGGGCACUGCCAAGGGGCAGGGGAGUUCGGGGAGGCAUAGUGGGGGCAGGCGAUAAGGAAACUUCCCCUCCCCCACCCCCCAAAAAAUACAUAUUCAAUGGGCUAUGGCAGUGUUUCCCCUGCAUUUGUUUCUUGAGUGGGGUGAAAAUGGCCCGGAAGCAACAUAUCUGGCUGCUACCAUUCAGAAUAUUGAAGCUAACGAUUAUGUGGUAGCUAAUGGGGCUACAGCGCUUGGCUUCUCAAGUAAGUAAUGGCAGGGAAACGGUAGCUAUGUAUUAUACCACUAUAAAUGCUUCUUCUCCUGUGUGUGUGUGUGUGUGUGAGACAUGUUUUUUCUAGCAAUGCUGCUAUUCCCUGUGAAGCCUUGUAGGCCAUCCUGUUGAUCCUAUUUAUUUCCCUUUUGUGUCUAUGGCUGUAUGUAUUUCCUAUUAAAGGCAGAUGAGAAUCGUUUCGGUUAAACCUGUGUUAUUGUCGAUGGCCAUUUUAAUGAGUCCAGAUUUCCUCCAGUGUCCUCAGAUGUGCUGCAUUGUGCUUUGAAACCGAAACGAGUAAUGAGCACCAAUUACAUUCUUGACAUAGUCUCUUGCAUUUUGUCAUCAGUUUCAAGGCUCCAUAGUUCUAUUGGUUGAGGGGUAAGCUGAUCCUAGACUUGUACCUACAGGCAACUUCUAUAUGCAGCUUUGACUUCUGUUAGAGGUGGUCUCAUUCAUCCUUAGCCUGGGAGCCAAACUGAAUUCAUGCUCUGUUUCACAGUUGUUUCACUUUCACAAUUCAUUCUGUCACUUGGACUUGGACCGUCGAGAAAGUAACCAGUCCAGUCAGUGUCCUCUCAGAACAACAUCCCCGAUGUUUCUGUUCCAUUGGAUCCUCCUCCAGGUACUUUGGGUGUAGCAAGUGUGCGCACACAUAGCUGGGGUGCCUCACACACACACCUCUGGGCUGAGGUUUUUCUGCAUAUCCAGAGGCGCAGCCUCCUCCUCUGCCUCGUCCUCUAUCUCCCUCCUGUGUUCACAGGGGGAAGGGUGGUGCAAUUCCACAAAGACCUUGUAGAUGGAAGCCCCUGUGACUCCUCCCACCAUGGGGGCAAGUACAGGUACCCACCACCAGCCGUUACCUGCCCUGCACAACAGAGAGAGAGAGACAACAGUCUGGAGAUUGUUUUUGACUGACUUUGACCACUGUAACCAAACAAAAAUAGCUUUGGAGUUUUGUCCUAUUUAAUUGUAUGCUGUAUUAUUUGGCAGCCCUUGAUCAGAAUUCAAUCUAUUGUCAUUUCAAGCAGGUGCUCCCGUAACAGGCCUAUCAGAAUUCCUGAUUGACAAGUUUUCCUGAUUAUCACAGUGGGCUUGUUUGACAUUUCAGCUGACAUUGAAGGUGACUGUAGACUGACUGAUCUACAGAUUAUCAUAAAUAAAACAUUUUUAUUUGUAGAUCAGUCAGUCACUUUUUACCCAAAAUGCGUCACGUCAGUUGCAAUGUUGAACAAUCCCAAAAUCAUUUGAACCAUAUGAGAGGGACUUAUUUUUUGUUGCUACCAAAAUUGGAACGUAACUGGCCAGUGAGAUCCAAUUAGAUGCCAUAAGAGGGUGAGAUCAAAUCAGAUGCCAAACGGGCACAGCUCUUUUCCUGUUAUCUUCGGAACAAGAGGACAGAACAGUACAAAGAAACAUCAAAAAUAAGUGACUGGCUAGGACAGAGGAAAUAAUGCAGAUUGGCAUGGGAAACCAGACUGUCCACUCCAAAAUACCUCUACUGCCCUGUAAUUGACCCCUGAACCACUGAACAUUCUACCAACACCACCAUCAACACCUGGCUAAACUCUGAACGCAAAAUGUGUGAAUGUUGCUAAUCCAAAACACCAAGGCAAUCUUAGUCCUGCCAGUUUGUUGAUAUACAGUACCUUAAGAAAGUAUUCUCACACCCCUGCUUUUUCCACAUUUUGUGUUACAAAGUGAUAUUAAAAUUGAUUUAAUUGUC